GGCGCCUAAAAAAGCAUUGAUUUGAUGUCGAGCGAAAAGUUUUGGACAUAAUUUUGAAUUUUUAAAAAAUGGCACAUGAGACAUCUCGGAAUUGCCAUUGGAAUAUAAACAAAAUAAAUCAUGUCCAUGUCAGUCAUACACAACAAUCAUAGUCCACUCAUUCCAGUUAUUAAUUUAGUUCUACGCGAGAUUUUGAUUGAAACUGAUCAAAAUUUUACUUGCGCGUACUUUACUCGUUAAUAUUAAUUUAAGCAGUCACAAAAUCAGCUGAUUGUAGAUGUUUCUUACAUUUAUAUAAGCAUUAAAAUCGUUUAAAGUCUUCUUAUAAUAUGAAAUUUGUGAAUCAUUAGUGAUAAAAAAGAUAGAAGAAAAAUAAAAUUGAAUAAUGGCAAAUCUAAGUAAAUUAACACAACGCAAUGAGUUUAUAGCUAUUUCUGGUAUUGCAGCUGCAGGAAUAUUAUUAGCAAUUAGUAAAUAUUCUCGAGAGCAAAGGCGAAAAAAUUUACGACCAGAAGAUAGAAUUGAAUAUUUUAUCAACGAGAAGAAGGACACAAAAAGAGUAAAAGCUCAUGUCAAUUCCAAAUUCUUCAGUCAAUUGAAGUUUUUGCUCGGAAUUUUGGUCCCAAAGAAAUUCAGCGCUGAAACUGCUCUGUUAGUGGCGAUAGCAUCUUCUUUAAUUCUGCGUUCUGUAUCUGACAUAUGGAUGAUCCAAAAUGCAACAGUUAUCGAGAGUGCAAUCAUUACAAUGAAUAAACCUAGAUUCCGAACUUCACUGGUGAAGUUUUUAGCUGCCAUGCCAGCUAUUGCUGUUGUUAAUAAUGUGCUAAAGUGGAGCAUAGGAGAAUUAAAAAUUCGCUUCCGAACAAACUUGUCAAAGUAUCUCUUCGAUCAAUAUCUAAAGGGAUACACAUAUUAUAAGAUGUCUAAUUUGGAUAAUCGUAUUGCAAAUGCGGAUCAACUUUUAACAACUGACAUUGACAAGUUCUGUGAAUCGACGGUUGAUCUUUAUUCAAAUACUUGCAAGCCUUUACUAGACGUAUUUAUUUAUAUUUACCAAACUACAGCAGCCAUUGGCGCCAAAACUCCUCUUAUUAUCAUGAUGUACCUUAUGUUUAGUGGUGCUGUUUUAACACAUCUACGUAGACCAACUGGAAAUCUAACAAUUCAGGAACAAAAACUUGAGGGAGAAUAUCGUUAUGUAAAUAGUCGACUGAUAACCAAUUCUGAAGAAGUAGCUUUCUAUCAAGGAAACACACGCGAGAAACUUACAAUUCACGCUAGUUUUAACAAACUUACGGCACACUUGAGGAAAUUCUUGGAAUUUAGGGUUGCUAUGGGAGUUCUUGAUAAUUUAGUUGCAAAAUAUAUUGCAACUGGUAUUGGUUUCUAUGCUGUAUCUAUUCCAUUCUUUGAUAAAAGCAAUAAACUACUCACCGACAAUGCUGAUGGUGAGCGAUUGAGGCAUUAUUAUACGUUUGGUAGAAUGUUGGUAAAACUUGCAGAAGCCAUUGGUCGUCUCGUACUCGCUGGACGUGAAAUGUCUCGAUUAGCUGGAUUUACACAAAGAAUGGAUGAAUUAGUCAAGGUUCUCAAUGAAUUAAACAGUGGCAAAUAUGUGAGAACAAUGGUUAAUAAUUCGAUAAGUGCUGAUAUGGAUAUAGAAGUUGGUAAAGGUAUAAUCUCCUUCCAAGAUAACAUCAUUAAAUUUGAUCGUGUUCCACUUGUCACUCCAAACGGAGACAUAUUGGUAAAGGAGCUUUCAUUUGAGGUUCAAUCAGGAACAAAUGUCCUUGUCUGUGGUCCAAAUGGUUGCGGUAAGAGUAGUUUGUUCAGAAUAUUGGGAGAGCUUUGGCCAUCAUGGGGAGGAAAAGUAACAAAACCACCUCGUGGGAAACUCUUUUACAUUCCACAACGACCAUACAUGACUCUUGGAACACUUCGAGAUCAAAUUAUAUACCCACACACGUAUGAGGAGAUGAAACGACGUGGAAAAUCCGAUCAAGAUUUAUACAGAUUUUUGGAUAUAGUUCAAUUAAGAUUAUUGGUACAACAACGUGAAAAAGGCCUUGAUUCCAUUGAAGAUUGGAUUGAUGUGUUAAGUGGCGGAGAGAAACAACGAAUUGCAAUGGCACGUCUGUUUUAUCAUCAUCCACAAUUCGCAAUCCUUGAUGAAUGUACAAGUGCUGUUUCAGUUGAUGUUGAAGGAAGCAUGUAUGAAUAUUGUAGAGAAGUUGGAAUCACGCUAUUUACUGUGUCACAUCGAAAAUCAUUAUGGACUCAUCACGAGUAUUUCUUAAGAUUCGAUGGACGUGGCAGUUAUGAAUUUGGGAAGAUUGAUGUAUCCAACGAUCAAUUUGGAUCAUAAAAUGUUAAGUUAAAUACAUUCCUUUUUAAGAAAAAGAACAAAAAUCAUGGUCAUAGGUUUCAUGAAACAUUAUUGGAAUUAAAAACUAGGUUUUAUGGGGUUUUUAAUGAUUAAUAUUUUUUUUUUAUUUUCUCUAUGUGAUGCAUUUUCAUUGAAAUUAUAAAUUGAAUUUAAUAAAAAACAUAUGGUUUAAAAUAAAUUUCUAAAAUUGCACAAGGUUUUGUCUUUUAUUGC